AUGGAGUAUGAAAUUUGCACACUUAUUCAGAAACUGUUUGGAGAUAAGUAUACAAAUCCAUAGGAAUGUGGAAGGGGAGAAUUUUCAAAAGUCUAUAAGUGUCAAAAUAAAAAUGGAGACUUUGUAGCUAUUAAGGUUUUAAUUUCCUUGUUAAUUGUUUAGGUAAAUGAUACAUAAAAAGCUGCAAACAUUCCCGAUAUUUUGAAAAAUGAAACUACUUUACUAAAGAAAUGCAAUAAUGAGAAUGUUAUCAAAUUAAUUGAAAGUGUUGAAUUAGGCAAGGCAUAAAUUUUAGUCUUAGAAGUCUACUUUAUUAUAUAAAUUACUUUAGUUUUGUGAAAUGGAUUUGUAGAAAGUGAGGACUGAUUAUUAUAACAACAAGAUACCAGAGGAUAUUGUAAUUGUUAUUCUUUAACAAUUAAUGAAUGGAUUAUAUUAUUUACACUAAAAUAAAAUCAUUCAUAGAGAUUUGAAGUUAGAAAACAUAGGAGUAGUUUUUAGAAAGGGGGAUCUAAAUUAUCUGAAAAACAAAAAAUAAUAUGUCGAUGACUCAAUUUUUAGAAAUGCUAGUUAUAAACUAAUAGAUUUUGGCUUUGCUAAAUAAUUAUUAGAGGAAACAAAAACCUUAGCCGGAACCUAUUUUAAUAUGGGUAUAUAUAAUUUUAUUUUUCAUUUUAGCUCCUGAAGUUUUAGUAGGAAGCAAGUAUUCUUUUUCAGCAGAUAUUUAUAGUUUAGGAGUCUGUUUAUAUUAAAUGAUUACUGGUUAGUAUCCCUAUUAAGCUAAGGAUUUAUAAGGAUAAUAUACAUCUAUAAGAAACUAAAAAGCCAAAUUUGAUACAAUAAACAAUAAACUACUUAGAGAGACCAUUUAAUAGAUGCUAUAAUUUGAUGUGAAAAAAAGAUUGACAUUCUAGUAAUUAUAUUCGUCAGGACUGGUACAUUUGGGUAAUUCCAUCAAAUAAAUUUCUGAAUUUUAUUUUAUAAAUACACCAAAUGAAAAUGAUGAUCUUCAGGAAUCAUAACUUAGUCAGACAGAGGCAUUUUCAGUGAUUCAAUACCCCACAACUGAAAUUGCAAAAUCUUAAAUUUAAACAUCUUAAAUUGAAUUCAUAGGAUUGCCAGAAAUGAAUAGAUGGAAUAAACAAAAGGCUAUUUGUACUUUUAUCUAAAACUUUUGCAACAAAUUACAAAAUGUCAUUAAAACAUACCCUGAUAAGAUAAAACAAUUUGAAUUUUAGAAUUAAUUCAUUAGGUUCCUCAAAUAUUAUUCUAAAUUAGUUGAAAAACUACUUUUUGAUUUGAAAAAAGAUGUUUAUUAAAAAAGUCAUUAUUCCAAUUAGACAAGUUAUAAUUUGUUUAGAGAUUCAUUAGAAAAUUUUAAAUUGAAUAAUUAUGAAUAUCAGUGGAUAAAUUCAACAUAAGAUCUCAAAAUAUUAAAGGUAGAUGAUAUCAACAAUUAAUAAGACCUAUUAUCUAUUGUGUAAAAGAAUAAUGAAAGGAUCUUUCUAUAUAUCAGUAAUAUGUUAGAAAUUAUAUAUGAUAUGGAUCAAGAAUUACAGGAAUUUCGUUGCAAUUGUUAUUUAAUACAAUGCGACAUCGUAAUUCUUUACGCUGAAAAUUAGAACAAGAAUACAAUAUCGGGUGAUGAUCAAUUUGUUGAAUUAAAGUCUGAAGAUUUUGACAGAAAUCCAGUUCUUGUUUAAUCUUGGCUAUGGGAAAUGAUAGAUGAUAAGAAAGUUUAUUUUGAGGAGUUAUAUUGA